AUGGGACCAUCCAUGCUCCCGACUUUCAACAUGACUGGAGACAUCAUAUUGGCUGAUCACAUCUCAGGAUACUUUUCUGAGCCAGAGAUUGGCGACGUCGUAGUUUGCAUAUCUCCUCAUGCUCCUGGUAGAGCUGUGCUGAAAAGAGUUGUAGGCACACCUAGAGACAGUGUCUGCUUUGAUGUCACGGAAAAGGAACGAAAAUACGUCAAUGUUCCUGAUGGACACCUCUGGCUUAGUGGUGACAAUAUGAGUAAUUCGAAUGACUCAAGGACCUAUGGGCCGGUUCCCAUGGGGUUGCUUCGUGGAAGAGUUGUUGCUCGAGUAAGCAAAGAAAAGAAAGUAUUCUUUGAUAUAUUGGUUACUUACUUUCUUUCUUGCCCUUUUUCUUUCUGGUAG